CUUCUCAGGAAAAAGUUGAACAAAAAAAUUUGGAAAGUUAAGAAUGGAAAAGAAUUAUCGAGAGAAAGAACGGGUGACGAAAAACAGUCGUUCUGCCUUCUAGAUAUUUAAAUUCAUACUUCCAUUAAAAAAAAUGAGAUGUUUGUGUUUUGGUUGUAUCAUAAGUUCUUUUCUUUUAUUUUAAGAGUUAAACAGAAAAUUCAUCUUUUCAAUAAUUUUACCUGAAGAUUUUUUUUUUCUGUACUGAUGAAAUGACUUUUUGAAAGUUUAUCUUUGACGAAAACCUAAUUGAAGUUUCAAUUGGGCAAAGUUGAAUUCACAGGAUCAUUUAUCUUGAAUUCCUGCUGAUAUUUCUUUCUUAAAGUUUGUAUUCUUUCCCUUAUUUUGAUUAUUUAAAUCGAUUUUUUUCGUUGAUGGAGAGAAACGGAGAUGAUAACAUCGUAGAAAAGGAAUUAGCGGUUAAUGAAGGUGAUUGUGAAGCACCCAUUUUGAAUUCAAGCGUUUUCUUGGAUAAUUUUGGAGAAGUUCUUCUUACUCAUGAUUCAGAUGGCUUGUCCUGGAAACCCCUUACUUCCUUUGAUGAUGAUGGAUCGUCAUGUUUGAGAAUUAAAUUUGGUGCUAAGCUUCCAAAUGAAAUCAAAUUCUCUGAUGUCUACGCUGUUGAGUUAACUGACUACGGUUUAAUUCAUAAGGGGAAUUGUCUGACUGCAGCAAAUAUUUUGAUGAGACGUGAGUCUCCUGAUUCUGAGAUGUUUCGCUUUAUGGUGCACGGUUUCCAAAAAUCAGAAAGACAGCCUAAUCUUUGGGUCUUGGCUGAAUACACAUUCGGUCACAGGGACCUGCCAAUAUGUGAGAUGUGGGUGAAUCGACUUAAUGCUUCUUUGAAUUUAGAAGAGGGAAGACCAAAGAAUCUCCUGGUUUUUGUUAAUCCUAUGAGUGGGAAGACUAAGGGCUGUAGAACCUGGGAAACUGUGGCUUCUAUAUUUGCACGUGCUAAAAUUAAGACGAAGGUGGUUGUUACAGAGAGGGCUGGACAUGCAUUUGAUGUGAUGGCAUCUACUACAAACAAGGAGCUUAACUCAUAUGAUGGUGUUAUAGCUGUUGGUGGAGAUGGUUUUUUCAAUGAAAUUCUUAAUGGCUUUCUUUCUUCAAGACAUAAAGCUCCUUAUCCUCCGGCCCCAUCAGACUUUGUUCAUUCUGUUGGGAGUAAUGAUGAUUCCCUAGCUCAAAAGCCUGAUGAAAAAGUUGCUGAGGCUUCUGAUCAAAAUGAUGGUCAGUAUAGUUCACAAGAUAAUGGGUUAGGACCAUCAAAUUUCCUUCAAGAUUCUGAGUUUCCGUACCCCCAUGAAUGGCUUAGGUUUGGAAUCAUUCCUGCCGGUUCAACUGAUGCCAUCGUGAUGUGCACUACUGGAGCUCGAGAUGCUGUAACAUCUGCACUGCACAUUGUCCUGGGAAAAAGGGUGUAUCUUGAUAUAGCUCAAAUUGUGAGUUGGAAAGCAACAGCUGCAUCAAAGGUUGAACCUUGUGUACGAUAUGCGGCUUCUUUUGCUGGAUAUGGAUUUUAUGGAGAUGUUAUUACUGAGAGUGAAAAGUAUCGCUGGAUGGGCCCAAAGCGAUAUGAUUUUGCUGGAACAAAAGUGUUUUUGAGACACAGGUCAUAUGAAGCAGAAAUAGCUUACCUUGAAGUUGAAUCAGGAAGGACAAAUGCAGCUCCUGAUAGAGGUUGUUGUCGACUUGGAAUUUUACAGACAUCAGGAAGUCCAAAUAAAUCUGAUAGAGUGAUUUGUCGAACAAAUUGCAACAUUUGCAAAAUAAAGUCAAGUUGUUCAACUCCUUACUCUUGUCCUGAAGAGGCAAGGUGGUUGCGAUCCAGAGGACGAUUUCUUAGUGUCGGCGCUGCCGUAAUUUCUAACCGAAAUGAGAAAGCACCUGAUGGUUUGGUGGUUGAUGCACACCUUGCAGAUGGCCUAUUGCAUCUCAUAUUGAUUAAAGACUGCCCUCAUGUGUUGUAUUUAUGGCACUUGAUCGAGCUUACGAGGAAAGGUGGAAACCCCCUUAACUUCAAGUUUGUGGAACAUUACAAGACUCCGGCUUUCACAUUUACUUCCUCUGGAAAUGAAAGUGUCUGGAAUUUAGACGGUGAGCUCUUUCGAGCACACCAACUCUCUGCCCAAGUAUUCCAAGGCCUUAUUAGCUUAUUUGCAUCUGGUCCCGAAGUUUAGCGGAAGACCAUCUGCAGUUCUGCGAAGAAUCUCAAAUACACCUGUGUGCAAUACUCAGCUGAUUCAAUUGAUAUAAUUUUUUAACAUAUGCAGGCAGAGGGCUUCUUAAAAAUGGCCUUUAAGUGGUCCUGAGUUUUAGCCACUCUAUGUCAUUUGUUGCUAGAAGGGGUUAAGACUUAAGAUUGCUCUAGGAUUAACCUGCUCAAGUCAAUUUCCCAAAUAGACUUUAUUUUCAAUUUGGGAAAUAGCCGUUAAUCCCAACUUUUGGGUUUGUUAAUGUACAAGCAAUUGCUAUUUUGUAUGGUAUUUGCCUAUACAAAUUUUCAAUUCAAUCUAAACUAAGCUUAAACGCAGUUCAGUUCAA